AAUUAUGGCAGCGAACGCAGCAAAGGCACUUCGAUUUGGGUCACGAUUAAAGGAAUUAAGAAUUCACUUAUGUCAAAAAACACCUGCAAGUCAAGGUGUUAGAGAGUUCAUAGAAAAUCAGUAUGUGCCCAUAAAGCAGAAUAAUCCUAAUUUUCCAAUCUUAAUACGAGAGUGCAGUGAUAUUCAGCCACGAGUGUUUGCCAGAUAUGAAUUUGGACAAGAGACAAGUUCAUCUCUUAGCAACUUGAGCAGUGAUGAAGUUAUGAAAGUGAUUUCAAAAAUGGCAACAGCAUAAAAUGAUAUGAGUUUUUGAUUUGCUUGUAUAUAAACUUUGUUUAAUAAAAUAUAAUCUUAGAAUAAAA